AUACCACCCUGAGUAAUGGGGAAUUCACAGUCUAUGAACCCAACUGUUCAAUUUAUGGAGGGAGAAGCCCGGAACCCGGAACCUCUGCUUCUAGCCCCGCGUCCGCCCGGAAGAAAAUCAGAUGCAUGCUUCCGCUUCCGGUCCGUGCCCUUGGGGUUCCGUGUCCUGUGGGUCUUGGAUGCUUGGUCUGUAACCUGGAACAUGGCCGCGACGGCGGCUGCUGCGAGGGGCUGGUGGCGGGGUCUCGUAGGGUCCGUGGCGUUGGCCAGGGUGGCCGGGCGACCCUCGGUGCUGUUGCUGCCGGUGAGGAGGGAAAGCGUCGCGGCAGACACGCGCCCCACUGUCCGACCACGGAAUGAUGUGGCCCACAAGCAGCUCUCAGCUUUUGGAGAGUAUGUGGCUGAAAUCCUGCCCAAGUAUGUCCAACAAGUUCAGGUGUCUUGCUUCAACGAGUUAGAGAUCUGUAUCCAUCCUGACGGAGUCAUCCCAGUGCUGACUUUCCUCAGGGAUCACACCAAUGCACAGUUCAAAUCCUUGGCUGACUUGACAGCAGUGGACGUCCCCACCCGGCAAAACCGUUUUGAGAUUGUUUACAACCUGCUCUCUCUGCGCUUCAACUCCCGGAUCCGUGUGAAGACCUACACAGAUGAGCUGACACCCAUUGAGUCCACUGUACCUGUGUAUAAGGCAGCUAACUGGUAUGAGAGGGAGAUCUGGGACAUGUUUGGAGUUUUUUUUGCUAACCAUCCUGAUCUAAGGAGGAUCCUGACAGACUAUGGCUUUGAGGGACAUCCUUUCCGGAAAGACUUUCCCCUAUCUGGCUACGUUGAGUUACGCUAUGACGAUGAGGUGAAGCGGGUGGUGGCUGAGCCAGUGGAGUUGGCCCAGGAGUUCCGCAAGUUUGACCUGAACAGCCCUUGGGAGGCUUUCCCUGCCUAUCGGCAGCCCCCUGAAAGUCUCAAGCUCGAAGCUGGGGACAAGAAACCUGAAACCAAGUAGCUCCAGGGAAGGCAUGUGGAUACUGGAAAACGCCUUAAUCUAUACUAAGCGUCCCUGUAAAUAAAAUCCUUAGACUAACCA